AUGUGCUCAUCCAAAGUUAUCUUUGCCAUUGUUGCUUCGAUUGCUCUUGCAUCCGCGGUCCCUAAUACAAUUGGAUUGGAAGAUAUUCUCGGUGGAAAUGGUGGUGUACUCGGAGGAAUUACUAGCGGUGAAGGUGGUCUUGGAGGAGUACUCGGAGGACUUCUCGGUGGAGAAAACGGAGGAUUGACUGAAAUUGUGAAUAACCUUCUCGGAGGAAAUGAAGAUGCUCUCGGUGGUCUUUUGAGUAUUCUCGGAGGAACUCCAGGUGGAUUGGGACUGCCAAUCAUUGGAAAUCUCACUGAGCUGCCUCAGUUCUUGGUGGAUUUCUUGCAAGGUCUUCCGGAACCAGUCCUCGCACAAGUGACUGAUAUUCUCUCGAAUGCAUCUCUGAGCAUUGAUGAGAUUACCCAACAACUCCAACAAGCACUCUCUGGACAAAACGAAAAUCUGCUUGCUUCUCUUCUGGCUACAGUAACCAAUCUUGUCAGUGAACUUCUUUCGAGAGUCAGUGAAGUUGUUGCUAAUCUUGGAAGUGUCUUCGAUCAACUCACUCAAAUUCUCAACAACCAGGAUCAGACUCUUCUCCAACAGAAUGAAGCCAUUGAGAACUUGAGAAAACAAUCACCAAUUGAACUCGAAGCCAUUUUCCUAAUUGCUUCUAGAGUUGCCAAAACUCUCCAAGGAGGAAAUGGAGGAGUUGUUCCUGAACUUCCAGUCCCACUCCCAGAAACUCCACAAGUUCCCGUCUAA